CACCCACACCACACCACAGAGAUAGCUUUCUCGAGACAAGGCAUGCAGGCGGACACCGCCCGGCAAAGGCAAAAAAGCCCAUCUCAUCCCUUUCCUCCUGCUGCGCCUGGCUACUCUGCUCUUGAGUACUACUAGCUAUCAAUGGUUCUGCUGCGCUUCUUGCUUGUGAGCUGCCGCGAGCUGUAACUCUACUGCGGGGAGCACAGGAUAGGUAGAUAGCUAGCUAGGUGUAGGUAGAUAGGGAGAGAAGAUCGAACGAUGAAGAAGCUCCAUUACCUUGUGAAGGUGCUGUUCGGCCCGGUGCCGGUCUACUUCUCGGCGCUGGCCAUCCUGAUCCUGCUCACCAACGCGCAGUACUUCGGGCUGGUCGGCGUGGGCGUGCCGCGCGCGGCGAAGCUUGCGUCGUCGACGCCGGUGGUGAGCGUGAUGAAGUACUGCGACAUCUUCCGCGGCGAGUGGGUCCCCGACGCGGAGGCGCCCUACUACAACCACAAGACGUGCGGCAUGAUCCAGGAGCACCAGAACUGCCUCAAGUACGGCCGCCCCGACCUGGGCUUCCUCAAGUGGCGCUGGCGCCCGUCCGGGUGCGAGCUGCCGCGCUUCGACCCCGUGCAGUUCCUCCAGUUCGUCAGACACAAGAAGCUCGCCUUCGUCGGGGACUCGCUGGCCAGGAACCACAUGCAGUCGCUGCUCUGCCUCCUCGCGCAGGCGGCGUACCCGAAGGACAUCUCGCCGAACCCGACGGACCAGAACAAGGUGUACUUCUACAGGGCGUACAACUUCACCAUCAACAUGUUCUGGUCGCCGUUCCUGGUGCGCGCGCGCGAGCCGGCCCACGACGACGCGGCGCACACGGGCCACUACAGCCUGUACCUGGACGAGCCGGACGGGUGGGUGUCCGAGGUGCCCCGGUUCGACUACGUGCUGGUGUCCGCCGCCAACUGGUUCUCCCGCCCCUCGCUCUUCUACGAGAAGCGGCGGCUGAUCGGGUGCAGCUUCUGCAACCGGCAGUACGGCGUGCCGGACCUGUCGCUCUACUACUCGCAGCGCAAGGCGUGGCGGGUGUCGCUGCAGGCGAUCAACGCGCUGGGCGGCGAGGGCGGCGUGAGGGGGCGGGUGAUCGUGCGGAUGCUGUCGCCCAUGUCGCACUUCGAGAACGGGACGUGGGACCAGGGCGGCAACUGCAAGCGCACCGAGCCGCUCCGGGGCAACCAGACGGCGGCCAUGGACGGGCGGGACCUGAGGUUCUACACGGCGCAGAUGGAGGAGUACCGGGAGGCGGAGCGGGAGGCGGGGAGCAGGGGGGUGAGGAUGAUGCUCAUGGAUGCGACGGCGGCCAUGCUGAUGCGGCCCGACGGCCACCCCAGCCGGUACGGCCACUGGCCCGACGAGAAGGUGCAGCUCUACAACGACUGCAUCCACUGGUGCCUGCCGGGACCCAUCGACGUCUGGAACGACCUCCUCUUCCAGAUGAUACUCGCCUAGCGCGCGGCGGCGGCUCAACGGUAGCCCGUGCCGCGCACACAGAUCGAGAUGCAUUGGUGGUUUGUUGAUUAAAAGCAGUUUUGAUAAGGAAUUGUUGUCUUCCA